AUUCAUCCAGCAGUAUCAAUUAAUUCAAAAUUAAUGCAUAGUUCUUUUACAAAAUAUUGAGCCGGGAUUUAGCUUUGGGCAGAUACAAGUUACCUCAACAAGCCUAAAAAGCUUGUUCACAACUAGCAAUUGUAGGAAACUCUUAGUCCCCCAAAAAUUGUUGAUCUCUUCACUAGCUAACUUGAAACAAGGUGAACAAUACACCAAGAGCUAUGCAGCCCAAUAAGCAUAGGUUAUAACUUAAGAGCCAUUAUUGAAACCUUAGUUUAACUUAAUAAGUUCCAUCAAUUAACUUACAUUGUUCUUCCAUAUAAAACUUAUGUCAAGAUACAAGAAUUAGAGAUGAGAGAACGAGGCAGACCAAGGGAGCGAGGCAGCGGACGACAGAGACCAUGGGACCAGCACAGAGCACAGAGCGGAGGACGAAGAAGCAACAGAAGGAAUAACGGAGCAAUUAGCUGGUAUAGAGAUCGCCAGAGACAAGGGUAUGAAGGUGGCUAUGAUCGAAUCCUCUACAACCAAGCAACAGUAUUCUUCUUCACAAACUUUCCAGAUGGUUGGACUUACGAGCAAAUGUGGAGGACCUUCCUUAAGUUCGGACGUGUAUACGCCAUAUACAGCCCGCAGAGAAAGAAUAAAGAAGGAAGCAGGUUUGGGUUUGUCCGAUUCCUUGAUGUUAAGGACGCAAGGAGUCUUGGGAGGCAGUUAAAUCAGAUAUGGAUUGGCAACCAUAAGCUCAAAAUCCACCCUCCUCGCUUCAAUACUGAAGCAAAGACUGCCCUUGAAAGGAAACCUCACACAAAUACUGCAGGAGAUUCUAAACCCAGCUAUGCAGAGGUGGUAACAGGGGUUAGAAGCAGAGGCGAAGAAAGGAUGACUAAUAUGGGUAGCAAACCAGCCCAACCAGGUAUCACAAUCAACAGUGGCAAAACUACGCAAAAAUGGGUAGAGAAGCGGAGGGAGCUGCAUUGGACUGGACUUGAGUUUAAUCCAAAGCAUGAAGACUGGGAAUGGCUAGUGGGAUGCUACGUUGGAACAGCUAGAUCAGUGGAGAUUGUGCCCAUUCUUCAAGAAAGACUAUACAUGGAAGGCCUUUUCUCAAUCAAGCUUCGUGCAAUGGGUGCGAAAUUCGUUCUUAUGGACUGUGAUGAUAAAGAGGAAUUGAAAGAAUUGGUUGAGUCAGCUAAGGAUUGGCUUGGGCAAUGGUUUGUUGACGUUAAGCCUUGGAGCCCCCAAAUGGUUGCUAAUGAGAGAUUUGUUUGGCUAAAGUGUUAUGGAGUUCCCUUGCAUGCAUGGGGACCCGAGUUCUUCAUCUCAAUUGCAAAUCUAUGGGGGAAUUUCAUUACUUUAGAUGAGAGUACUAGCUCUAAAAAGAGAUUUGAUGUGGCCAGAAUUUUGAUCUCUACUUCAGAAACGAACCAAAUAUCCAAAACCCUUACAUACAAAAUCAAUGGCCAUUUCUACCGCAUAAUGUGCAAAGAGGAGGAGACAACAAAUAACAGUUUCUCUUUAAAAUCAGAUUGCAGACCAGUAUUCUCUGAGGAAGAUUGCAGUGAAUCUUGGUCUACUGAUCAAGGUUUUGGCAACCAUAGAGUCUUGCAUGAAAACGACUCCGACUCGGCGUCCGAUGGGGAAGAUGAUGACGUAACUAAUAACCAGGCAGUUGGAGAAGCAUCCCUAGCGAGGAACUCGAGAGAUCUCUCUGACUGGGACAGUAUCAACAACAGAUUUGAUCGGCAGCAAGAGACAGCUAAUUGUUCCCAAGAAAGGCGUGAGGGGGGCUGCACAGUAGAGGCAAUUAAUGAAAAUCUGACGACGCCGAAAAAUUCAAAUGACUUCAAGAUUUUGAAUGGGGAAAUUGGGAAGCAAGCAGAUGAACUGAUGAAGCAAUCCUCUGAGCAAUCCAGUAGUGGUCCCCUGCUUCUGGGUCGGGUUUCACAUGAUUCGAGGUGGGCCAUUGAGAAAAAUAUUGGGCCAACUUCGGUAGCCCAGCCAAACUACACCAACUUGGAAAAUUUUAACAGAGUUGAGCCUAAUAUCAGCUAUGAUGGGCUUAACGAAGAAAUACCUGGAUGCUAUAAACUCAAGCCAACUCAAACAACAACUGCAGUUUCAUCACUUAACAACCUGGCAAAUCCGAAUGAUAUAUCUAAGGGCAGGAAUGUUCUUGAGCGGCGACUGGAAGAGGAAUCAGGUGAGGAUGAUGAAAUCAACUCUUUCUGGCAUGGAUUAGCUAGCGAUUCUGAGUUAAUUGAUGAAAGAAAUAGCCGAGGCGGAAGAAAGAAACAGAGAAGGAAAAAGAAGAACAAGCGGGCCAAAUCUCGAUCGUGCCUUGCAGUGUACAAGGAUUCCAAUCCAAUAGAGAUUGCCGGGGUUCAGAAGAUGGGUCGCAAUCGGCCAAGAUCAUCAAAGGAAUUGAGAGAAGGAGUUCCUGAAUUCUACCCAAAGGAAACCGACUCUGUAGCGGGCGCAUCAAUCACAGAUAGUGCAAUUGAAAAUUGCAACAGAGGGUUUCACAACAAGGAGAGAGCCAUCUCAGCACCAGAUGUGUGGAAUCUCAUUAAAGAAAUGGGCUUAGGUGCUGAUGGAAAUGAAGAAGAAAUCAUCAACAAGAUUGAGCUGAUGGAGCAGAGGGACGUCAAUGCCAAAAAACAAAUGCUGGAAGGGAAUAUGGCGAAUGGUGGUGAGGAGUCAAAGUUAGAACAAGUCAAUCAUCAAACUUGUAGAGCUUUAUGGAGCACGGAUGAUUUUGAUUUUACAGCUAUGCCUUCUGUGGGUCGCUCAGGAGGAUUGAUUUGUAUUUGGGAUAAGAAUGUUUUUCAGAUGAAUCGAGUUUUUUGUGGGAACCACUAUUUGGGAUUGUUUGGACUCUGGGGAUCAAAUAAAACACCAGUGUACCUUGUAAAUGUCUAUGGCCCUUGUGAUUUAGUAGGAAGGAGACAGUUGUGGUCUGAGCUAAAAACUCUAGUUACAAAACAAAAAGGAAACUGGUGUGUCAUGGGAGAUUUUAACACCACAAAAAACAUUCAGGAGAGAGUUGGAUGCACUAGUGUAUUGAGAAGCAUGAGGGAUUUUGCAAAAUUCAUUCAUGAAUCUGGUUUGGUGGAUAUCCCUCUAAUUGGGAGGAAGUACACAUGGUACCACUCUAGUGGAAAAUCUAUGAGUCGAUUAGAUCGAUUCCUAAUGACAGAAGAAUGGUUAAUGAAUUGGAGUGAAACAAGGCAGUGGGGGUUAAGGAGAUCACUCUCUGAUCACUGUCCAGUGUUGUUGAGAGAUUUCAACAUUAAUUGGGGACCUAAGCCUUUUAAAUGUUUCAAUAGCUGGAUUAACAAGCCAGGCUUCCAUGAAUUGGUAAUAGAUACAUGGAGAACAGCUGAGGUUCAAGGAUGGAAAGGCUACUGUGUUAAGGAGAAAAUUAAAUCUGUUAAGAAAAGGCUCAAGGAAUGGAGUGUGAAUGACCGCACAAAGCUGGAUCAGAGCAUUGCUGAAAGUAAAGGAAAAAUUGAAGCACUAGAUCUAAAAGGUGAACAAGGGACUCUCUCAAGGCAGGAAGUAAGUGACAGAAAGUUAGAAUUUUGCAGACUAUGGAGUAACUUGAAGGUUAGGGAAGGGCAAUGGAGACAGAAAGCUAGGAAACAGUGGAUGAGAGAGGGAGAUGCAAAUUCCAAAUUUUACCACAAAUGUAUCAGCAGCAGACAACGAAGGAAAGAGAUUGUCAAUGUCCAGGUGAAUGGCAAAAAGCUAGAAGAUGUUGAUGAGAUAAAAAAUGGCAUAGCAGACUACUUUGAGAACUUGUUUAAAGAGGAAGAAUGGAGAAGGCCGAAUAUGGAUGGCAUCUUUUUCAAACAAAUUUCCCAAACUCAGAACGAUCUACUUGUAAUACCAUUUAGUGAAGAUGAAAUUAAAGCAGCAGUCUGGGAUUGUGGGUGCGACAAGGCUCCGGGACCUGACGGUUUCAAUUUCACCUUCUUCAGGAAAAUGUGGAAUGAGAUAAAGGGUGACAUAGUGGGGUUUGUCCAAGAAUUUCACAAGAAGGGGAAGCUAGUAAAAGGCCUAAAUGUUUCUUUCUUAACAUUGAUCCCAAAAGUGAAGAACCCACAAAGAAUUGAGGAGUUUAGGCCUAUUUCACUCAUUGGCUCCCUAUACAAAAUCAUUGCCAAACUGCUCUCCACUAGACUACGCUCAGUAAUGGCUGAUAUUAUUGGGGAACACCAGAUGGCUUUCAUUGAAGGCAGACAGUUAUGUGAAGGAGUUGUUGUGGCAAAUGAAAUUAUCGACGAAGCUAAAAGGAAAAAGAAGAGCAGCUUCGUCUUCAAAGUCGAUUUUGAGAAGGCUUUUGAUAAGGUGAAUUGGAACUUCCUUGAUUACAUGAUGAUGAGGACUUAAGCAAGGCGAUCCAUUGUCUCCCUUCUUGUUCUUGAUAGUCGCAGAAGGACUGAACAGAAUUAUCAAU